CGCACGGCGGCCAGGCAGCACUGAUCACAUUCGUCAUUCGCCCGCCGCGCCUUCCCCAGCCCCAUAGAUAGCUGCAGCUUGAGCUCCAUCCCCAACACACCUGACAUUCACUCACUCCAUCUCUCCCACUCCCCCAUCCAUCAUCCAUCCAUCCAACCUUUCCCCUUCUAUAACCAUCCGAAUCCAUUAACCGUCCGCCAUCAUGAAGACGGCGGUGCUUCUCGCAGCAGCCACCUCGGCCUCUGCGGCCGUCUACAAGACGCCGCUCAAGAAGGUCUCUCUGUCUGAGCAGCUGGUAAGCCAUCAUCGCAACCAAAUGCGCGAGGUCGCAGUCUAACGACAAGUAGGAAUUUGCCAACAUCGAGACCCAAAUGGCUGGCCUCAAGCAGAAGUACUCUCAGCAGCACAUGACCGACCUCAAGUCGCAGUCGCAGUCUCACAUGGAGGCGGCGUUGAAGGCACCCUACAUUGCCGACGGAACCCACCCCGUGCCCGUCAGCAACUUCUUGAACGCGCAGUACUUCUCCGAGAUCUCGCUCGGCACUCCUCCUCAGACCUUCAAGGUCGUUCUCGACACUGGAAGCUCCAACCUCUGGGUCCCCUCGCAGAGCUGCAACUCGAUUGCCUGCUACCUUCACACCAAGUACGACUCUUCAGCGUCAUCGACAUACAAGAAGAACGGCACCGACUUCGAGAUCCGCUACGGAUCCGGCUCGCUCAGCGGCUUUGUCUCUCAGGACGUCUUCCAGAUUGGCGACCUCAAGGUCAAGCACCAGGACUUCGCUGAGGCGACGUCCGAGCCCGGUCUUGCCUUCGCCUUUGGUAGGUUCGACGGCAUCAUGGGUCUUGGCUACGACACUAUCAGUGUCAAGGGCAUAGUCCCUCCCUUCUACAACAUGCUUGACCAGGGUCUCUUGGACGAGCCUGUUUUCGCCUUCUACCUUGGCGACACCAACGAGGGCCAGGAGUCCGAGGCUACCUUUGGUGGCAUCGACGAGAGCCACUACACUGGCAAGAUGGUCAAGCUUCCCCUCAGGCGCAAGGCCUACUGGGAGGUUGAUCUCGAUGCCAUCACCUUCGGCAAGGAGACGGCCGAGAUGGACAGCACUGGUGUUAUUCUUGACACCGGUACAUCUCUGAUUGCCCUUCCUUCCACCAUCGCCGAGCUCUUGAACAAGGAGAUCGGUGCCAAGAAGGGCUUCAACGGCCAGUACUCGGUUGAGUGCGACAAGCGUGACAGUCUGCCCGACCUCACCUUCACUCUUACCGGCCACAACUUCACCAUCAGCGCUUUCGACUACAUCCUCGAGGUUCAGGGAUCUUGCAUCUCUGCCCUCAUGGGUAUGGACUUCCCCGAGCCAGUAGGACCUCUUGCUAUCCUCGGUGAUGCUUUCCUCAGGAAGUGGUACUCGGUAUACGACCUCGGUAACUCUGCUGUCGGACUUGCCAAGUCCAAGUAAGACAGCGGUUGUCGAGUGUGGAUACGAUACAGCUUCAGGAACGUCAUGGUUAUGACGGCGUUUGGAUCAAAUUGUAGUUGGGUAUAAUGACUUGGGUAUCGGUUCUACAGUAGCACAACAGCAAAUGCGAAGAAUAAAGUAAAACUGUCGUGC